UUGGGUCCGGUGGUGGAAAAGGCACGACGGACAGAAGCACUUAUGCUACAUUUGUUCACUUACAUCUCCAAGAAUUGCUUCCAAUCACUCUCCAUUCAUUUUACCAAAGCAAAUCUCAAAGUCUCUUUUUCCGCCAUCUCACAUUGAUCAAAUUUCUCAAGAACACACACACGAGGGAGAGGGAAAGAAAAUUAGUAAUAAAGAAGAAAAGGAAUCCUGAGACCAUGGAAAUUAACAAAACAUGCCUUCGCAUCAUCAAUUUGUUUUUGUUGCUCGUAUGGGGUUUUACUUCCGUAAUCUUUAUGAAACGGCUACGUUUCAAGCAAAGAACAACACCUCCUCUUCCACCGGGUCCGAUGGGCUACCCUAUAGUUGGCUGCAUGCCUGAAAUGAUGAAGAAUAAGCCGGCGUUUCGAUGGAUACACAAACUCAUGCAAGAAAUUAACACUGAAAUAGCUUGCAUCCGCCUUGGUAACACGCAUGUUAUCGUUGUAACGUCUCCUGAACUUGCACGAGAAUUCUUGAGGAAACAAGACGUGAUUUUCGCUUCCAGGCCUAAGAGUAUGUCUGCCAACUUGACGAGCAAUGGGUUCUUGACGAUAGCCACAGCACCAAUGGGCAAUCAAUGGAAGAAAAUGAGAAAAGUUAUUGCCUCAGAAGUGCUUUCACCUGAAAUGCACCAAAGGCUCCAUGCAAAAAGAUGUGAAGAAACUGAUCAUCUAGUGAGAUAUGUGUACAACCAAAGCCAAAAUCCGCUCCUAAAUGGGCUUGUGAAUGUGAGAGUUGUCGCUCAACAUUACUGCGGGAAUGUGAGCAGAAAGUUGGUGUUCGGUAAGAGAUUUUUCGGGAUAGGAACUGGGGAUGGAGGCCCUGGAAUGGAAGAGAAAGAGCAUGUGGAUGCAUUAUUCACGAUCUUAAAGUAUCUCUAUGGCUUUGGAAUUGCUGAUCAUCUUCCGUGGUUGGAGGAGUUUGAUUUGGAUGGGUGUAAAAGAAUUCUCAAAGAUGCUAUAAGGAGUUUGAAAAAAUAUCAAGAUCCAGAAAUUGAUAAGAGGGUUUACAUGUGGCAACAAGGGAUCAGAAAGACAGAAGAGGAUAUUCUUGAUGUUUUGAUUAACCUCACAGACUCCGAAAAGAAUCACGUGUUGUCAGAUCAAGAGAUAAAAGCAGAAAUUACUGAAAUAAUGCUAGCUGCAAUUGAUAAUCCCUCGAAUGCAGUUGAAUGGGCUCUUGCAGAAAUGAUCAAUCAACCUGAUAUUCUUGAUAGGGCCUAUAAAGAAUUGGAUCAAGUCGUAGGCAGAAAUAGACUAGUGGAUGAAUCCGAUUUGUAUAGGCUAAAUUAUAUCAAGGCUUGUGUAAAAGAGGCAUUUAGGUUACACCCUGUAGCACCUUUCAACAUCCCACAUGUCUCUGUGGAAGAAACCACUGUGGGUGGGUACUUCAUCCCUAAAAAUAGCCAUGUGUUGUUGAGUCGUCACGGGCUUGGACGAAACCCUAGGAUUUGGGAAGACCCUCUCGUCUACAAACCAGAACGCCAUAUUGUCAACAAAGACUCAGAAGUUGUGCUUAUGGAUCACGAUUUGCGGAUGAUAUCAUUUAGUACUGGAAGACGAGGAUGUCCCGGUGUUGUGCUUGGUUCGACCAUGGCGACCAUUCUUUUGGCUAGGCUUAUACAAGGGUUCAAUUGGAGUCCACCACCUAAUGCACCGAGCAAUAUUGACUUGGUUGAGUCAGAAGGAGAUUUGCUAAUGGCCAAACCAUUGAUUGCAUAUGCGAUACCUCGUUUGGAGCCACAUGUUUAUCUAAAACUCAUGUAG